AUCAGAAAACAAAAUUCUUUAGAUAACGUUCAAUAAAUGAUGGAAAACCGUUUUAUUUGAUUAUUUAUUGAUUAUUGACUAUGUUUGACUACAUAAUCGUAUUCCCUGUGUUUCGGGGAAAGUGUUCCAAUUUUCUCGCGGUGUAAGCCAGAAAAGUUUCGUGAAAAAGAAAAGCUUUGAAAGGUCAAGUGCUCUUAUGCACCGAGUGGAAUCGAUAAAUAUUAUAUUCUAGUUUAAGGAGGACCACCUACGCAAACAGAAGGGUUGUUUUUAUUGGCUCGGACCGCGAGAUAAUAGAGAACAUCGAGCGAAAGGCUUCGCCUGCUUCUGCACGUGUCCGUAUGAUUCGAGCAAGUGCGGAUCUCUAACCUUGAAAACAUUUAAACGUUUCUGUUUAGAUAUCAAUAACCGUCACAUAUUAUUGAGACCAAUUAUUCGCAGAAUGACAGAGCAAGCCACUCCACUAAGAAGCGAUUAUGACUGCAAAAUGGAUGGAAGGAGCGAUGAUGACAGCGGAGAUGAUUGGGAUGAGAUGACAGAGGAUUUUGAGUCUAUACCGUGCCUCUUCUGUAACGAGGUUACAAACAACUUUUCCAUGGCCCUGGAGCACCUUGUUUCAUCACAUAGAUUUGACUUAAAGAAUUUUGUGACGAGACACUCUCUGGACACUUACUCUUAUAUUAAAUUGAUUAACUUUAUACGUCAUAAGAAUGUCUUACCGGACCAAUUAAAUGCAUUGAAUAUAAAAACAUGGGAGAGCGACGAGUAUUUAAGGCCUAUCAUAGAGGACGAUCCUUGGUUGAUGUUUGAUAUCGAGGAUUUAGAAGAGAAAACGACAAAACCUAUAGCUUAUACUGUAAAUUCAGAGAAUGGAUGCGUCACGUUAUCCGAGGCGCAUUUUGUAGAAUUGCAAAAGACAAUUCAAACGUUGCGGGCACAAUUAGAGCAACGCGAAUUAGCGUGUUUCAUGGCAAAACAGCAAAUAGAUGAAAUGUCAGAGAAAACGCGAAAGUUGGUACUAGACGAGGAUAUGGAUGGAAACAACAGUAUCACUCCUUCUGGUAAUUCUAAUUGCAACAUUGACAAAGGCUAUUUUAAUACAUACAGUCAUUUUGCUAUACAUCACGAGAUGUUAACAGAUAAAGUACGAACAGAAAGUUAUAGAGAUGCAUUAUUAACAAAUGCAAAUAGGUUUAGCAACUCUGUGGUGCUUGACGUUGGUUGCGGUACUGGUAUUCUAUCUAUGUUUGCGGCAAAAACUGGGUGUCGCAAAGUUAUCAGUGUAGAUCAAUCGGAUGUAAUAUAUCACGCUAUCGAUAUAGUGAGAGAAAACAAUUUAAGUGAUAUUAUCACUCUAAAAAAAGGUCGCCUCGAGGACAUUAAUCUCGACGAAGAAAAAGUAGAUGCAAUUGUAUCCGAAUGGAUGGGCUAUUUUCUCUUGUACGAGGGUAUGCUAGACACAGUGAUAUACGCUAGGGAUCAUUACUUGGCGCCCAAUGGAAUACUUCUACCCAACAGGUGUACGCUCAAUAUCGUUGGAAGCGGAGAUACUAGGAGAUACGUCGAACUUAUCGAUUAUUGGUCAAACGUAUACGGUUUUAAAAUGAGUUGUAUGAAAGCACAAGUUGUACGAGAACCGAACAUUGAGAUUUGCGUUGCCGACGAAUUAAUAACGAGCACGGUUGAAAUUCAAGAGUUCGACUUGUAUAAAGUAACGACUGAUUGCGUAAACUUCGCAUCGCCCUUUGAAUUAACAGUGAAAAAAACUGGAUCGUUAACCGCGAUUGUGGGCUUUUUCGAUAUCUUUUUCGACUUGGACAAUCCAGUUCACUUCAGUACAGGACCCCACUCAACCCCAACGCAUUGGAAGCAAACAGUAUUUUCGUUAAGCGAACCAAUUAGCAUUACCGAAGGUGAGAUCCUGACUGGUAAGAUAAUUUGUCGCAGACAUAUAAAGGAUAUACGGGGGCUUAUUAUUGCAAUUCAUAUUAAAAAUAUACGGCAAGUUUAUUAUCUAGAAUAAGGCUUCAGUGCUCGCUUCAAAGUUCACACAAUAGAUGUAAGUGCCAAACACAAAAACAUAGGGUCCAGGACAGCUUGCUGGUCAUAACCUUGUUGAUGACUAUCAUUAAAAAUUAACGGUAGGUGAAAUGAGGUUGAAACGAUCUAGCAUAACAUCUCGUAUUCGUAUCUUUUAAUGUAUUACGCUUUACAUUUUGAAGCCUUUUAACAGUAGAAAGUCACGUAACUUCGCGUACACCGAAAGCUUCUCUUUUAUCCCCGAAAUGAAUAUAGCACGUGAACGAAUGAUUUUUGAAAGAUUUCCUUUUUCUACGUUAUCUUAUGGUAUUUUUCGUAACCAAAGAUCGCAUUGAAUUGUUUCCGUACAUUAUUUUACGUGAGCAUAAACGCACAUUCUUUCCAAAAUGCCGUCUGAAGUGAUACGUAAUUCACGAUAGUGGUUGUUUACGAUUCGUGCCUUUCAAUAGUCAUUAAAUUUACAUUUGUAAUUAAGCUAACAAUUAAAUUUUCCAGGAAAAUUAGAUAUUUCCAAGAAAAGUGGCGAUAGUAUUUUAUUUUACAGUUCCGUCGAAUUUUGUAUGAAGAGUUAUUACGGUAGUAGUAAACAAAUGAUUAAGUAUGUUGCCGGUUGCAUGAAUACUUAAUUGACUCGGAUAAUGGCAGUCGAACAUUCGUGGCAAAUUACCGAGUAAAACUACGUUUGUAUAAAACAAUGGCCUUUGGCGGCCAUAUUGACUGGGUAAGGUCACGUGAAUAUUUUCACAUGUUGGUCUUGCAACUUCUAAUCGUUUAAAUAUACAUAUUGCAAAACCGAGUCAAGUACGAGUGCAGUCGGUAUUUUCAUUACGC